CGCAGUUCACUGGGUUUUCCUACCAUCGCUUCGGAUUCCUCUAGGUUCUUGCCCAUUCUCCGUAGUACCUGGAAAACAGGGACCACUCAUAAGAGUCAGAAGUGAAGAAAGCCUUAAAGGGACGAAUCCAGUCCCUUUGAAUGAAGCUAUUGGAAGGCCAAGGAGGAAAAGUGACUGAUCCAAGCACUUUCCCACCAAAAAGAAUUGUUGGAAAAAGACAAGGGCUUUCCUUUCUAACAAUGAAAAAAAUGCCACUCAGAGUGCUGUAGACGUGUGACGGCCUUUGAAGAGGGGAGGGAUGAGACAAAGGGCUAUAGGCGCUGUCUUGUGCACAUACACACACACACACACACACACACACACACACCCUAUCUCCAAGGUCCCAGUUCCAGCCUUCAGUACUCUCUCCAGGGGCUGUCCUGGGAUUCUGGCUGUAGCCUUCCUACUGGGCUGCUUCAUCUCUCCUCUCCCUCCCAGAGCCCAACUGCUGUCAUUUUGUGCCCUGCCAAAGAGGAGGGAACUGCAGUGACAGCAGGAGUGAGAAGCAGGACAGAGUUGUGGUGCACAGAGAGGUAUGGAGAGGGAGACACUGAGACCAGGUGACAGUGAGACACCGAGAGAGGGCUGAGAAGCAGGGUAAGGGGAGUUGAGCGUCUGAGGGAGGGCAGAAACUGAAAGAAGCAGAAAGGUGGACAAGAAGACAGGAGGACUUGUGAGUCAGAGCCACUCAGCCAUGCUAGGAGCAAAGCAGCACUGGCUACCACGUCUCUGGCUACCAGGUCUCACACUCAACUCCAGAUUGCCCAUGGCCCUGAUGAUUCUGGCCCUGGGGACCGGAUGGGCCCAGGAGGGAGCAGAGCCUGUCCUCCUGGAAGGUGAGUGCCUGGUGGUCUGUGAGCCAGGCAGAGCUGCUGCAGGGGGGCCCGGAGGAGCAGCUCUGGGAGAAGCACCCCCUGGAAGAGUGGCAUUUGCUGCAGUCCGAAGUCACCACCAUGAGCCGGCAGGGGAGAUCAGCAACGGCACCAAUGGGGCCAUCUACUUUGACCAGGUCUUGGUGAAUGAGGGCGGUGGCUUUGAUCGGGCCUCGGGCUCCUUCGUGGCCCCUGUCCGGGGUGUCUACAGCUUCCGGUUCCAUGUGGUGAAGGUGUACAACCGCCAAACUGUCCAGGUAAGCUUGAUGCUGAACACAUGGCCCGUCAUCUCAGCCUUUGCCAAUGACCCUGACGUGACCCGAGAGGCAGCCACCAGCUCAGUGCUACUACCCCUGGACCCUGGGGACAGGGUGUCUCUGCGCCUACGUCGGGGGAACCUGCUGGGUGGCUGGAAAUAUUCAAGCUUCUCUGGCUUCCUCAUCUUUCCACUCUGAGGGCUCAUGCCUUUCAAGGACAAAAAUCCAGCCCCUGACCUCUGGCCUAUGCCCUCUCCCCUCCUGCCCCAAAAGCAACAUCUUUGAGGUUGGAGAGAGGUUCCCUCUGGCUGUUUGUAUUUCAGCUUCUUGCAUGGGACCAUGUGCCAAACACCUAAGGUGAUGAGCAGAGCUGUGGUGUCCCAGGACCUGGCCCCUCUUAACCCCUCCCCCUUCCCAAAUGCCCUCACAGUCUCUCACUGCAUCUCUUUGUCUGCAGCCCUAGGAUGAGGGCAGGAUUUGGCAGGUAAAGAGUCCUGCCACACUUUGCAGACUUUGCUCUUCCUUCUUCCACCCCACCUCCAGCUUCUGGCUCAGAGCUACUUGGAAACAGGUGGGCAGGUGAGCUUGACAGGCCCCCACGAGGGCCCAGAUGGACCAGGCUCAGCAUGCCCUGCAGGCUCCUUCCUGUGAGGAUUGCCAGCAUUGUGGAUCUCGGCCAGCACAGUCAGGAGCUGAGCCGGCCCAUAUGGACUACGGCAGGAGGCUCAGCCACAAGUAGAAGUGUGGGGAGGGCCACUGAGCAGCCCAGAGCCUAUAGCUGAUAGGAUAGGAAGGGAACAUGUGACCAGCCUGAGCAAGGUACACAUUUUUCAUGUCCACUGGGGCAACCAGCAGGCAGUGAACCUGGGUGUUCAUCUGUACCAGGUCCCAAAUGGACUCUGGCUCUCACUUCCCCAGCUGAGACAUGGGGUGUGUAUGUUUGUUUGUACCAGCUGAGAGCAGGUGUACAGCACUUCCUUGGGCAGCUGUAGGUAGAAGGUCACAUGUGGGCAAGUGUAGAUCUCCAGGCAUGGAACACAUCAAUGCCCACAGCCACCUUCUAAGAGUUCCACCUUUGCGGUCUGCACUUCGAUCACUCCCUGCUCUGACCAUCGCCUCCCUCCCCCAGCUCUCAGUUACCUGCAGUGAACCUGUUCUAGACUGUCCCACCGCCCCUCUUCUUUCCCCUGAUCUGUGCUAUCUUAAACUUUCUAUUACCUUGAAUUCAAUAAUUCAUCCCUUCAACCAAUCUCCUGCGAGUAUUAUAAACUACCUUACCUCCCUGCCCCAUUGGCCCAGCAUGGGUGACUCAAUCAAUAAAGCAACCAGAGAAUUAUCGUUGAUGAGACAUUAUCAGAUCACUCAAGACAGAAGAUGCCAUUAGAAUUUGGGUCAGGAUACCACCAGGUAUAUCAAAGAGAUUAUAAAACUGUACAUUAGAGUCAAAUAAAAAAGGAUUUAGUAAUGCUUGAUUUAAGUAGGAAAUACCAAUGUAAAUUUGUGGUUUGCAAAAGAAACAAUUUUUCAUACUAUCACUAAAGUAGCAUAGAAACAACAUUAGGAAAAAUUCUGAUAGGUAUUCUUAGCACCUGGAUCUUUACCUCAAACAUCAUUCACCUUUAAAAGGACUCGGGUUUCCUAGGAGAAUAGCUCCAUGUCCCAGAUAAUUCUAGGCCUGGAACAUGUUGUUGAUGACAAUAAGCAAGGAUACUUUUCUAAAUGUAUAGGGGAGAGUGAGAAGACAAAGGGACCAAUUUUAAAAGACUCCCAUCUGACAUUCUGUGGCAAUUUGGCAAUCAAAAGCAAAAAUAAUGUACUUAAUUGGAAGAAGGUGAUUUUUUUAAAUGUAUGACUCUAGUGAUACUCCAAAAGGAAAAAGUCACUAUGAAGCAUGCAAAAAGGCAGUUCAUAUGCUGAGUGAAGAAGAAUGAAUAUAUUGGAUAUUUUUAGUUAAUUUUGACAAAUAGAAUAUAAAUAUAGUAGGUAUUUUAACUAUUCAUAAGUUACACUUACUUUUCCUUAUCUGUAUAAGCAGGGAGGGGUGGAUAUAGAGAGCUGUGAGUAAUUCCAGAAAAACAUUGGAACUGUACCAAGAGUGAAAGAGACUGAUUGGCACCAUCUGGCCAUAUAUUACAGCUAGGAAGAAAGAAAGCCCAACAGAUAACUGCUUGCUGCUCAGACUUGAUCCUUCAUCUCUUGGGAAAGGGAGCCUCUAUAUUACCAACUAAUUAAAAUGAGAUUACAGUAACAGUAAAGCCCAAAAUAAGAAUGGCUUACAUAAGGUAGAAGAUUAUUUCUGCCUCACAUAGAAGAAUCUGCAGACAGAGUCCAGGGAUGGAUGGCAGUGCUUUUGGGUUCCUGUAUUCAAUUCUAAUGUGUGUGGAGGGGACGGGGUGCUUUCCACAAAAUGCCAAGCAAUUCUCAGACACCAGCAGGAUAUCCAAGAUUUUGACUCAAUUCAACACAAUUCUGACACUACCUGCCUGGAUUUUGCAUCAGAUUCCACAGGUUAAGGAUUCGUCCUACACCCCAUCCCUCUUUGCUUCAGACCCCAGUAGAAAACCCAGGCUGUUAAAUAUACUUCUGAUCAACUGCCUAUAGAUUAGAGGUUCCAGCGACCCCACUCCUCGGCAACUCAGUUCAAACACCAGUUUCAAGUCUAGGCUGUUCCCCGAGCCUCUGAUUGACUGGCUGGGUUCCAGUGUUAAAUAAAAAAUUUUAACUUCCAUAGCUGGGUUUUCUAAAAGAAAGGGUUUAUUAGGCCGUUGCUAUAAGGAGGAGGGGAAGGGGGAGGAGGAGGAGGAGAAGAAGGAGGAGGAGGAGGCGAAGAAGGGGAGGAGGAGGAGGAAGAGGAAGAAGAAGAAGGGGGAGGGGGAGGAGAAGAAGAAGGAGGAGGGGUGAGAGAGGGAGGGGAGGAGAAGAAGAAGACUACAACUGGUCUUGGGGCAUGGAAUCUAAACCACUGUAUGGCUAAGUACAAAAGUUAAUGUGUCUGACGUCCAGGAGUUUUGCAAGUGUUUUUUACAUCAGGUAUGGGGGAGAAAGCUGUAAGCCCAUUCUGAAAGAAUUUACAUUCUCUAUGCACAAAGGACUUGUGCAUAGAAGGUGAGGUGGGGCUAGUUCUUGGAGGGGUGCAAGAGUCUGUAAAGCUCAAGUGCAAAGAAGAACCGAAGUCUCCUGGGGCUUGAUGGUACCCUGCUAUUCUCUCUUGGAUAAUCACAGAAAUAGCUACCUGGAAAUUAAUCCUAAAUUCCAACAGAUGUACAAGAAUGUGACCAGUCUUUUGUCACACAGCAAUUAACAGGAAUUGCACUGUCUCUUUCACUCUCUGGCACUGUAGCUUUAAUUUAGACUGUCUCAGAAUUUUUCCCUGGUCACCAGCUACCCCCUCCUUGGGUUCAAUUACUUUGCUAGAGAGGCUCCUAGAACUCAGAGAAGCAUGUUACUUACUUGCUGCAUCACCAGUUUGUUAUCAAAAGACUCAGGAACAGCCAGAUGGAAGAGAUGCACAGGGCAAGGCACAGGGAAAGGGCACGGAGAUUCCAAGCCCUCUCCAGGUGCCACUCCCCCAGAUCACGUGCUCACCAACCCGGAAGCCCUCUGAACCCUGUCCUUUGGGGAUUUUUUGAAAGCUUCAUUACAGAGGCAUGUUUAAUUGGGUCACUGACAAUUGAUUCAACUUUAGUCCCGCUCCCCUCCCCAAAGGUAGAAUGAGUGCACGAUGUGACUGAAAGUUCCAACCAUCCUUCAGUUGACUCCAUCAGCAACCAGCCCCCAUCUAUAAGUGCUUUCCAAAGUCACUUCAUUAAAUAACAGAAGACGCCUUUUUCAGUCUCAACACUUAGGAAAUUCUACAGGUUUCAGGAGUUAUGAGCCAAAAAUUGUGGAGGAAGACCAAAGAUAUCUGAGAAAUAUAUUUUGGCCAUCUGAAUGGCCAAGUACAUCUUUCUUAUAAGUCAUAAUAUUGCAGCAGUUUUAUGAGCAUCGCAGCCCAGUUUCUCUUCCUGUGUUUACCAUCUGUAGCACAUCACCUCCUGACAGGAUGGCUCCUUGAGUUCAGCCUUUACAUGAUGAGCCUUACAGCCCCAGGAAGGAGUGAAAAAAAAAAAGCCACACCCCUUUUCUUUAAGGACACUUUCUGAAAGUGCACCUCACAUUUCUGACUGCAUCUCAUUGGCUGGAAUAGUAGUUUAACACAACACCCAUUUGUCUCACAGUUUCUGCAGGUCAGAAAUCCAGCAGGGCAUGACGGGAUUCUUCACUCAGAGUUCCCAACACCAAACACAAGGUGUGGGCAGGACAGCCCUUCGUACUGAAGUGUGAGA